AUGACCCUCGAAUCCCAUAGCGAGAUGGAGCCGAAGUCAAAAUACGCUGAAGAAAUGGGUCCAUACUCCCCAGCAGUGAGCGAAGAGAUGGGAACAGUGACUACAAAGUGGCAGGAUACAUUCGCAGAGAUCAAGUAUGCAUUCACAACGAAAGAUGGAUGGAUUGGCGACUAUGACUACGUCUACUUAAUCACUCCCAACAUCUGGCCGUUGAACAGAAAGUACAAAGACUAUCAAGCCCCAUUCUACGGACUCAACGACCGGGUUCCCGUUCUUUUGACCUUGCUCCUCGGUCUCCAACAUGCACUUACCAUGAUCGGAUCUAUCGUCUCUCCACCACUUGCCAUCGCUUCCGGAGCCUUCAACUUCGACCCAGCGAUGACGACAUACCUAGUCUCAACCGCCUUCAUAACCACUGGCAUUGCGACGGCGCUGCAAGUCACUCGUCUUCACAUUAUGAAGACCCCUUUCUUUAUAGGCACAGGUCUCCUAAGCGUCGUGGGACCAACAUUUGACAUCCUACCCAUUGUCUUCAACUACGCUGCUCUACGAUACAAGUCCGGAACUUGUCCAGUGCUCGAAGACGGAACUCAAGGACCUUGCCCUGACGCCUGGGGUGCAUGUCUAGGCACCAUGCUAUGCUGUGUCUGGAUCCAAAUAGCCAUGGCAUUCGUCCCACCCAAGAUGCUCAACAAAAUCUUUCCCAAACUUAUCACGGGAUCCCUCCUUACCCUCAUCGGAGUCUAUCUCGUGGGCAACGGACUACAGAACUGGGGCGGAUCAUCCAACUGCCAUGGCGGAGAAGGCUUCUACGCUCUAUGUCCCGAUAUCACUGCACCGCGCCCGCUGGUAUGGGGACAUCCAAAAUUGAUCGGUCUGGGCUUUAGUGUAUUCGCCACUAUAAUCUUAGUCGAAGCCAUUGGGGCACCUCUCAUGCGUUCAGCCUCCGUCAUUAUUGGCUUAGCUAUAGGUUGCGCCAUCUCCGGCGCGACAGGAUACUGGUCAACUGAGCAACUCGACCAAGCACCGGGUGGUACUUUCCUCUGGGUGCACACCUUCAAGCUCUCUGUCGAUGGCGCACUAGUACUGCCUAUGAUCAUCAUGUUCGCAUGUCAGGCUGUGUCUUGCAUUCCCGACAUCUUGGCCACUGCAGAGCUAUCCGGUGUUGACAUCGAAGGCACAGAGUUCAACAGCAGGAUCCAAGGCGGUAUCCUGUGCGAUGGCCUAGGUAGCUUCUUCAGUGCGCUGGCUACGGGUCCGCCGAUGGUCAGUCAGGCUGGCAACAACGGCGUCAUUGUCCUCACCGGGUGUGCAUCUCGUCGUGCAGGUUGGGCAGCAAGUAACUUCCUGAUGCUUAUGGGCGUCAUCGCGAAGUUUGGGGCCGUCUUCGCUUCUAUGCCACCGUCUGUGCUGGGUGGUAUGCAAGUCUUCCUCUACAGCACCAUCGCCGUAGCCGGUAUCCGUGUCCUCGCACUCAUCCCUUGGACCCGUCGCGAUCGCUUCAUACUUGCCGUUGCGCUGGGAAUCGGUUUUAUGGACAUCUGUCAGCCUGAUUGGUUUGCACAGGUCCUAGCAUACGAUAGACCGAAUGAGAAUCUGGUUGGGUUCGAACAGGGUAUCAACCUGGCUGUCGAGACGCCGUUUGUCAUUGCUGCUAUCGUCGGCAUCUUUUUGAAUGCAGUGCUGCCUAAGGAUAAGAGUGCGGCACCGAUGGUAGGAUACGGGGAUGAACAGAAACAUCCUAGAAUAGGAGUACGUGAUGAUUAG